AUGGCUUCACACCUCAAAGGCUCCUUUCAGCCUCUGUCACCAGAAAAUGGUGGUGAGGUAGAAAACAUAGAGUUUAUUCAAAGCCGGGUUUCUCCUGUGCAGUGGGAAGAAGACAUCUCUAACUCUGCUAGUGUUUGCCUCAACUUUUUCCAAAAUGACAAUGGCUCCUGUGCAAAGCAGGAGUUGCAAACACUCUGGGAGAUGUUUACCUCAUGGUUGAAGCCAGAAGAACAGACCAAGGAGCAAAUGAUUUCCCAGCUGGUCUUGGAACAGUUUCGCAAAAUCGGGCAUUCCAAAGAUGAGUUGGCUGUAAAAGAGUUGUGGGAAUCAAGUGGACGAAACCUGGGGAAUCUCAUGUGGGGACUGACUGACGAGUGCUUGAAGCCUCCUGUCAUGGUUCAUGUCUCCAUGCAUGGGCAGGAAGCACUCUUUUCUGAGAACAUGACAUUAAAAGAAGUCAUUGAGCGUUUUAAAGAACAACAAUUGGUAACAGCAUCAAUUCUAGAGAAUGAAAGGACACACUUGUUGAUAUCCCAGGACAGAUUACAGGAAACAGAUAAUUUUUAUGAUCGCAAUGAGGGAGCUGUUUCUGAUGAAAUCCCUCUGGAUCUCAGAACACGGCAGGAUGCUGCCAGGUACCAGGAAGAAUCUCAGAGUGCAUCUUCUUCUGGAGAUGUUCCCAUGGUGCAGGUACAACCAGGGAUUUCCUCCAGACCAGGGCAGACUGAAGACUUCCAGAAUCAUGCAGCAAACUGCACAUGUGACGGUCACCACAAGAGACUCCACAGAGACACAAACUCUAAUCUUUCUGUUCAUGAGAAAGUACAAAAGAAGGAGAGAUCACUUGUAUGUACAACAUGUCAUAAAGGCUUCUAUACUGUCUCAGACCUGAGAGUCCAUGAGAUCAUACACAAGGAAGAGAAGCCUUUUGUAUGUCCUAUAUGUGGAAGGCCAUUCAGCCAUAAAACCAACCUGAAAGUUCACAAGAGGAUACAUACAGGAGAGAAGCCCUACACUUGCUCCAAGUGUCAGCAUAGUUUCCGCCAAUCGUCCUCAUACCACCGUCAUCAGAGGAAUUGCCACAAAUCAGACUGA